AUGAGGCUCCAUCACCUGCUGCUCGCGCUCCUCUUCCUGGUCCUGUCUGCUUGGUCAAGAUUUGCUCAAGGAGUAAAAAAUCCUCAAAGCUGCCAUAGGAAUAAAGGCAUCUGUGUGCCGAUCCGGUGCCCUGGAAACUUGAGAGAGAUUGGCACCUGUCUCGGUGCCCCAGUAAAAUGCUGCAGAAGGAAGUAA